AUGAGCAAAAUAUGUGCAACCCAACCUAACAUAACAGGAGGAUAUUUAAAGAAAUAUCUGAGGCCGCCAAAGGUGUUUCAUGACAUGAACGUCUCGGAAUUGCUAUGGAGAGCUUCGAUGAGCCCUCGGAUUCUCGAGUAUCCAAUCCAUCUUGUUCCCAAGGUUGCUUUCAUGUUCUUGACAAAGGGACCUGUUCAUUUGGCCCUGUUAUGGGAAAAUUUCUUCAAAGGGCAUCAAGGCUUGUACUCAAUUUAUGUGCACUCAAGUCCAUCCUACGAGGCAGCAUCGCAUCCUGAAAGUCCGGUGUUUCAUGAGCGAAGAAUUCCUAGUCAGGUGAUAAAGACAUGCAUUCCCCUCUACAACUUUUCCACUGUCUACUCCUACCUCAUCAACUCAACCCGAACUUUCGUAGAGGUCUUCGAUGACCCAAGUUCGGUUGGACGUGGCCGGUACUAUCUCAGCAACUACACGAGAAUCACGGUAGAUCAAUGGAGAAAAGGGUGGGCGUGGUUUGCAAUUGAUAGAGAGGUUGCCAUUGAAUCCAUCUCGGAUCGAAAAUACUUCCCGGAAUUCCUCAAGUGCAAAGGCUAUUGCUUUCCGGAUGAACAUUAUUUGCCAACAUUUGUGCACUUGAAAUUUGCAGCAAGGAAUGCAAAUAGGACUUUGACCUGGGUUGACUGGAGCAAGGGCGGCCCACACCCGACGGAGUACAGGAGCCCAAACCUGACGGCGGCGCUUCUGAGUAGCCUGAGGAGUGGUUAUGGUCGGAAAUGUGAAUACAAUGGGAGGAGCACGGAUGUUUGUUUCUUAUUCGCCAGAAAGUUCAUGCCUGAUACUUUGGAUAAACUGCUGAGACUUGCAACGCAGAUCAUGUAUUUCAGCACAUAG